GCUGUAUGACUAGAGAAGUGUCUGGGGGAUUUUCGGUGGGAUUGCCCGGUACAGUUGCAGCUGCUGAUGCUUUCAUACAACAGCACAGGCAGCUGCCAGAGAUCACUGGGAGAAGGAUACUUGCAAGUGCUUCAGGGGGACUCUUACACAGAGUGGGAUAUGGAAAAGCACUCUUAUAUACCAGCCUAACAGGAUUCUAGUGUUUUAGGAUGUGACAAGGUAACCGUAGCAAGGAUUGGAAGUGCCAUAAUUAGCAGGAUAACUCAAUGGACCUUGCCAAUGCCUAGGAGGUGAAUCUAUGUAUAUAUAAGCUUCUUACUGGAAAAGGAUCUAUGUUCUAGAGCGCUAGUUCUCCUUUGCUGUGAGCCCAACUGCAUGCUGAGAGAUGCUAGACAAUAGCUGCGGGCACUGUGCAAAGAAAGACCAUGGAAAAGUCAAGUAGUGAAGAUUCCUCCAUCCACAGAAGUCCGUCUGUAGACAGCAGAGACUCGGCUAAGCCUUCCACUUCAGCCAGGGACUUUGGGAGGGGGUUCACCGCCGGAGCGUUUUAUGGUACUGCUGGAUCCCGCAGCCAGGGCCAGGCCGGUGGCAAAAGGGACAAGUACUCUGCACCCAAGGGUGGGAAGUAUGUGGUGUUUUACCUGGAUCUAUCGUUUGUUUUCCUUCUAGAGUUUAAGAAGUGCAACAUGGCGCGAGGCUGUCUCUGCUGCUUGAAAUACAUGAUGUUCCUCUUUAACUUGAUUUUUUGGCUGUGCGGCUGUGGAUUAUUAGGAGUGGGAAUAUGGCUGUCUGUUUCACAAGGAAAUUUUGCAACAUUUUCACCCAGCUUCCCAUCGCUCUCAGCUGCUAAUUUGGUCAUUGCCAUCGGAACAAUUGUAAUGGUAACUGGCUUUCUUGGCUGUUUAGGCGCUAUCAAGGAAAACAAGUGCCUCCUUUUAAGUUUUUUCAUCAUCCUGCUGGUCAUUCUUUUAGCAGAGCUGAUCCUACUGAUCCUGUUCUUUGUGUAUAUGGACAAGGUCAAUGAGAAUGCCAAGCAGGAUUUGAAAGACGGCUUAUUGCUUUACAAUACAGAAAAUAAUGUGGGGCUGAAGAACGCGUGGAACAUAAUUCAGGCAGAAAUGCACUGCUGUGGUGUUACAGAUUAUACAGAUUGGUACCUAGUGUUAGGGGAAAAUACAGUUCCUGACCGAUGUUGUAUGGAAAAUUCCCAGGACUGUGGCCAUAAUUCUACCAGUUUAGUUUGGAAAACGGGUUGUUAUGAGAAAGUGAAAAUGUGGUUUGAUGAUAACAAGCAUGUUCUUGGCACCAUUGGGGUGUGCAUCCUCAUAAUCCAGAUACUGGGCAUGGCCUUCUCCAUGACACUCUUCCAGCAAAUACACAGGACUGGUAAAAAAUAUGAUGCCUAAAACAAUAAUAGGACAUUUGUAUCAACACAUACCUUGCCAUAAAGGAAGACAAAAAAAACUAAAAAUUAGGCAUAAAACCACCACCCCACUUUUUCUGCUUCACUGUAACAUGUCUACAGUCUGAACUUGUUCCUUGAAUUAUCUUUUUUCACAUAUUGCAUUUUUCUAUUAAUUUGCCAAAGAAGAAUCUGCAUUCUACAUAGAUGCACCCUAACAACCCUUCUCUGACUCAAAUGGAAGUGCUUCGCUUACUGAUAUACUUAAGACUCCUACCAAUACAGAACAAAUGAGCUUGUGCUUGCAGGACGUUUCUGGAAUGGGUUUUAGCAAAAGGUCUUCUAAAGACAAAGACAUGUUGGAACUGCUGAGAAUUCACAGGGAGCCUAGGAGAAAGCAGAAGACAAGCCAGUCUGCAUGGAAUUAAUGACAUCUUUGUACUUUGUUGAAACUCUUUGGUCACCGACUUAGACUAGAAUUAGUAUUUUCCUUUCCAUGUUUUUAAAGUUUAGGUUUCAUUUUCCACACAUUUUUUCAAAUCUUCCCCCCCAAAAAACUGUGUGAUCUUUAAAGGAUGUAUUGGGAUAUAAAACCUGAAAAUGAUAGAUCUUAGGACAUACUAUAUAAUGCAAAGAGAGGAUAAAGAGCUAUUGAUAAACUAUUUUCUCAUGAUUCUGCUCCAUAUCUGUGUUCUUCUUCAGUAUUGUGUUUGCACAGAAAGCCUACUAUUGUUUUAAGGCCAUGGAAAGUAUACAUACACAAAUAUUAUAUUUUUCUUAUCUGUGACUAAACUGGAGCAAAUACAUAAUUUUGAAAUACUGUAUGUUCUGCAUUUUCACGCAGCAAUGCAUUUGUAUUUUUUUAAGGAGAUGUAUAUGCAACUGCUCAACCAUGAGGUACACAAAAGUCACUUGACUACAUGCUCAACAUAUUCCAGCAUCAAAAGGGUGCUGGAUGCUGUAGCCAUGAGAUAUCACGGAUGGAUUUUUAACCCUACACUAUAUGAUAAGACUGUUCCCCAACUCUCCAAGGCACAUAACCUUGAAUGCAUGAGGAUCCACCAUUGACUGCUGAAGAGUAGGGAGUUUAAUGAGUAGAUGCACCCUAACAUGAAACGUUUAAAAUUCUUUAAAAGGAUCUUCUGUCGGUGUUGGUUGCAUCAUAUGGAGAAAAACUCAAGCUUAAAGCUGAAAUGCAAGUUAGAAUUUUAAGUGUUUUGGAAGAACAAAAUACUUGAUCUGAAGUUUUUAAUUUGAUGAUUUAAACUAAAAGUAUGAUGAUUGGAAACUGUAAAGUCUGCCUACUUGGAAUUCAUUGGAUGCAAGCUGAUAGAAUUGGUUGUUGAGUAGGUAAUGCCUAAAAACUAGGGCUUAUUUUAUGUCAUUGCUUUUAGAAUGCUUAUAAUUCCAUAAAUGUAUUUCUAGUCUUUGAGCUCUCUUGAGAUAAAAUUCAGUGGGUAACAUCUCCUUCCACCUAAGGGAUCAUGGACAUGCAUGCCCAAUAUCACUUUACUGGCCUAAAAUAUUGAAUUGUCUUGUUUUAUUUCAAGAAAACUUGUUCAGGUUCACAAUUUGAUUCAGCUCCAUUUGAUCCAAAAUAUACAGUUCUGAUUUCCACCAAAGGUUAGGCUUUUAGGCAUUACCAGUUGUGUAAUUUUGGAAAUUGGAAACAAAAUUACCCGUCAUGAAUAUGUAACAAAGUUUUUUCACUAGACCUUACAAUAUGAAACUGAAAAUUAAGUAAUAUUGCACAGAGAGUAAUUUUACUUUAUACCUAGUUGAGUAGGUGUUGCAUGCAAUGAGAAAGAAAUCUGUCUAACCUUUCCACAGUUUUGUUUUCAAUUAAGACUGCAAGAUAGUCCCUAUAAGUACAUAUCUGAAGAGCCAAGAGUGUUCCAGUGGAACCACCACCAUAAAGUUACAUCACGUUAUUCUUUUUAUAAAUCAGAAAUAUCAGUUGGCUAUGUUGAUGUGAAGAUUAGAAGGAUUGUAAUCAAUUGAAACUUAGGACAACAUAUUUUUUAAAUCUAAAAAACAACUUUUUUGCAUAGUGGCAACAUAUAUGUGUGAUUUUUUUUUCUUUUAGCAAUGUGAAACGUUAACAGAGCAAUGAACAAACCUGUAUCUUUGCACAUAUAUCAUUCUUACAAAACCACAUACAGUAUGUUUUAUGGACAUUCCUUCUAAUUGCUUAAUUACAUACCUCUAGUUUCAAUGCUGCUUAUUUUGACAGUGCCCACUGUUUACUAUCCGUCAAGGGCAUAACGUAUGCACAUAAUGAAAAGGGAAAUAGGUAAUGCAUAGUACUGAGGAUUUUAUCAUAUUGAUUUGGCAACCUGCCGACAUCAAAUGCAAUGGUAAUAAAUUGUACGAAUCCACAGGCUCAGAUUUUAGGCUUGGGUGCCCCUAGGUCACUGCCCCUAAGAUCAUACCAUCCUAGGCCCAGGCCUUUGUGGCUCGCCACAAAUCCAGGCCUUCUUAUCCAAAUUGUUAAACCAAUUAAUGAGUUUUGUGCAAUUACAUUAUUUGAGAAUUAGUAAUAGGAAGCAACAGUAUUUACUUAAACUUUAUACUGUACCUUGUUCAGCGGAAGAUCCUAAAAUAUCUUCAAAAAGAGCGAUAUGGCUCUUGUUCUGGCUUAAAUUCCUAUUCACCUCCCAAGUAAAAACUCUCAGCAGACACAUUUAUGGGUCCAAGAGUAAGUUUAAUUGCAAGAAAAAUCACAUUAUACCCUUAUAUUUUAAACGACAGGCCCCUAAAAUGAUUGGGUUUCAGUAUGUCUGCUGCAUCAGAUUAGAACCAACUAGACAUCUGGACCUUAUAAAGGCUAAUAAACCAUGGCAGUCUCAAGUACAAAAUGACUUCCAGUAGACUACUGGGAGAAUGUACAAAGGAAACUCAGUGUUCUUCUGUUAAUGGGCAUUUGCAUUUUGCUGCAAAUCUGUGGGGCAACUGUGAUCCAAUCCAUAAAUACUCAUAAAUAGAUUGGUUAGAAGUCUACUACAAAUUUUAACAAAAACUUGAAAAAAAUCCAUAUGAAUUGACUUCUCUACUGAUUUUAAGAGUUCCUUAAGAUCCAUCCUAUAAUACAAAACCCUUAACUGUUAGACCAGUGGCACUAAGGGUUGAUUUGAAAAGAACCUUGCAAUUUCAGGUUGGAAAAAUAUAAACAGAUGUAAGCUUGGCCUGCUUUUUUGUGUUAUUGGACGGUUUUAUUUUUAUGUGUGUAUGUUUGUUUCCUUUAACAAUGGUAUACAUUAUUCUAGCAUUCCUAUGUAUCCUAGAGUAUUAUGUUUUGAAGAAAGCGAGAUGAGCUAAAAUGGUUUAUCACUCAAUUCCAUGCAUUGUUUAGAUAGAUUUAUUUGAAUUUUAUUUUAAAGCUGUUAUGAGUGUUGCCUUGUUGCUGCCUCUUUCUACAGCAAAGAGGCUACCAUUAUAUAUGUUAAAACAUAUAUACAUAUUCAACAAAAAUUCAAAGUAUGUUUGUAUGGGACAGCAUCCUUCAAUUAAAGGAGGUAUUUUUAAAUUGAGUUGUAGUGCUAACGCUAAUGUUAACCUUGUUACUGUUGUAUGGUUCACGGAUCCAUAUGUUAAAGUUUAUAGAGCCCAGUUGUAAUUCUAUCAUAUGGAUUUACAUAUUUAGCAGAUAGCGGUAAUGAUUUUCCAACUAUAACUACAAAUCUUUGGACAGAGACAACUUUAUUCUAGUUUUGGUUCUGUACAUAACCACAAUGAAUUUUAAAUGAAACAAC